AAAAGCACCGUCUGCUAUGUAGUGUUGACAAAAUGACAAGCCAAGAGGAAAUGAUCAAAGCUAUAAAAAACAAUGAUUAUACAAAGAUGGAGGAGAUGUUAAAUAGAACAUUGAGAUCCUGCAUCAACAAAAAGUUGAAGAUACAAACAGAGGCAUAUAUGGGUGUGAUGUCCCCACUCUGCCUGGCAGUCAUUGAGGGAGACCCAGCUGACACAACCAUCAUACAACUGCUACUUAGAAAUGGGGCUAAUCCUCGGAAACAGAGAGACUAUCGCAUUCCUACUAUCCUCCCCAUUAUGACGGAGUACUUAUCUCCAGUGUUCAUGGCCAUCAAGGAACAGAACAUCGCUGUGCUCAAACUGCUUCUUGAGGCUGGUGCAAGUGCAAGUGAAACCUCUCCAGAACUAAAAGUUCAGGAAGAAGAAGGGGGUUCAAUGCUGUACUGUGAUACACAAGAGACGUGUCUACAUAGGGCUGUACUCAUGAAAAAUCCUGCAAUGGUGGAACUGCUUGUCAUGAAGGGUGCAGAUGUCAAUGCCUUAAAUAGUGAUGCCCAGACUCCUCUACAUAGUUGUGGGUAUCAGUACCACCCACAGGUGUUCAGGCAUCUUGUGUGUGGCGGUGCUAUGGCUGUCAGUAUGGACCAAGAGGGACAGAGUGUGCUGGGCCUGCUGCUCAAACCACAGCUGUGUGAUGGUGGUGUAGAGGUCUGCACCAGCAGGGAAAUCCAAGACAGGAUUGAGAGUGUUCACCUACUUCUGUCGGCAGGAUAUGACCUUCAAAGGGAUACUCCUGUCAGGAGGAUGUGGAUGAAACAACCUUGAACUCGAACAUCAGUGGGAUUUGUCAAGAUAAACAAUUUUUGGUAUUUAUAACCCACAGACUUGCGAAUCCUCCAUCUCUUGACUUUUUGUGUUGUAUUGCAAUCAGACGUCUUUUGAGGUACAAUUGUCAUUUAUCUGUUGUUGAAUUUCUGCCAUUGCCACAAAAGUUUAAAGACUACAUUUUGCUAAAGACAUAUUGGAAGUAAUAUAUUUGGUGGAUGCAAACAGUAUUUGAAGCACAAUAUUUGGUGGAUGCAAAUAGUACUGGAAGUAAGAUAUUUAGGGAAAUAGUGUUGGAAGUAAGAAUGUUUGGAGGAUGGAAUUGGUACUGGUGUAGAUAUCUGUGGUCGGCAUGUUGUUUGAGCACUGUGCCAAGUUUCCAGUUUAUGCUUCCUGAAGACCUUUGAACACAUUAGAUGUUUUCCUCGCUGGACAAAGGCAGGUGACCCUGUUUCUGUUUGAAACCAUGCAGUGUUUGAAUGGACUUAAGGAAAUAAAUUUGAAGUAUCAAUUAAA